AUGGCCUUUGAUAGCUAUGUUGCUAUCUGUAACCCAUUGCGACACUCAGCCAUCCUGACCAGUCAGGCCAUAGCCAAGAUAAGGCUGAGUGUUGGGAUGAGGGGAGUCCUGUUACUGGGCCCACACCCAUUCCUGGUGCAGCGGCUCCCACACUGCAGGACCAAUGUCAUUUCUCACACCUAUUGUGAGUUCAUGGCACUGGUGAAACUGGCCUGUGUGGACACUACAGUCAUGACAGCCUAUAGUCUGGUUGUAGCAUUUUUCACCGGUGGCUUAGGCCUGCUCCUGGUUGUCCUGUCCUACGUGAUGAUUCUCUGGGCCACCUUCAGACUCUCCUCCAAGGAGGCACGGUGCAAGUCCCUCAGCACCUGCAGCUCCCACAUCUGCGUCAUGCUGGUGUUUUACACUCCUGCAUUCUUCCCCUUCCUCUCCCACCGCUUCGACCACGUGGCUCCCCACGUUCACAUCCUCAUUGCCAACAUGUACCUGCUUUUCCCUCCCAUGAUGAACCCCAUCAUCUACGGGGUGAGAACCCCGGGGAUCCGGCAGAGGGUGCUCCACAUUUUGAGCAUGAAAGCAGCCUGA